ACCGGCACUAGCGCAGCAGCUGCGCGGGCGAGAGUGGGAGAGAAUAAACAUCAACGCCACCACGACACGGGCACGGGACCCGAGGGGGUGAGCGCGAGGAAAGCGGCUGGUGCCGGGCCGCCCGCGCCGGUGCCGAGGCCGAGGCCGCCCUCCCUGCCUGCCGCCGCGCGCCGAGUUGGGGUCCCCGCCACAGCCCGCCCUCUCGUGAUCCUUCCGUUUCCUCCCCCCACCUUUUUUUAACGCCCCGCCCCCUUGCCCUGCUGCCCUCCUCCCACCCGUCGCGGCUGUUGCGGCGCCGGCUCUCUCGUCCUCGUCUCCCCCGAUCGCUGCGCCUGGUCCGCCGCGUUCGCUGCUGGAUCUGGGGGGGGGGGGGGGGCGCCGAAUCGAUGGCGCGGCCGCUCGGAUUGGGCGUCCGCGCGCUCGCUCUCCUCGUCGUCGUGUCAGCGGCCUUGCUCCCACUCGUCAGCUCCGAGGACGAGCACAAACACUGCGAGGGAGUCGUUAAGGGCUGGGCGGAUUCAACUGCGAUAAGCGAGAAAGAUGGUGACAAACUGAGCCUCAAGGAUUUGCUGUUCUUCCUUCACAUUCCUAGAACCGGAGGCCGUACCUACUUUCACUGCUUCUUGAAGAAGCUGUAUACAAAUGCGCAGGAAUGCCCGCGCUCCUAUGAUAAACUGCGGUUCGACCCAAGCCAUCCUGAUUGCAAGCUGGUUGUUAGUCAUGAUGACUAUAGCUUAAUUUCCAAGCUGCCAAGGGAGAGAGCUUCCGUAGUAACAAUACUAAGAAAUCCAAUUGAUCGUGUAUUUAGCACAUAUGAGUUCUCAGUUGAAGUUGCAGCUAGAUUCCUUGUGCACCCAAACUUAACUUCUGCGAAGUUAAUGACGAGCCGUGUGUUAACAAAGACUCGUGCUGUAAGUACAUUGGACAUAUGGCCUUGGAAGUACUUGGUUCCAUGGAUGAGAGAAGAUCUGUUUACCAGGAGAGAUGCCAGGGGGAUUGACAAAGUGCAUAGUAGCAAGAAGGUUAAUGCAUAUGAUGUGGAGGAUAUGGUUAUGCCAUUACACCAGUACAUCAAUGAUCCGGUUGCCCAGGAAAUCAUUCAUAAUGGCGCUACAUUUCAGAUUACUGGGCUAACGAACAAUUCAUACUUUGAUGGAGCACAUGAGGUUCGACACUGUGUCAGAAAGCAUCCCAAUCUUGGUCGUCUUGUGCUUGAAGUUGCUAAGAAUAGGCUGGACCGAAUGCUGUAUGUAGGACUUACGGAAGAACAUGAAGAAUCAGCAAGGUUGUUUGCUCAUAUGGUAGGAGCACAGGUGCUUUCACAGUCUGCGACAUUGAACUUAGAUAUCAAGGAAGAUCUACCCAGUGGGAAUGACUCUCACCCAUCCAUGCUAGAUCCAGAGGAUGAAGAAACACAUGAACAUCUGAAUAGCACCCAUGGCUGGCAAAAUAAUGAAGCUCUGAACGCUACCAGGGAUGAACAUGGAAAAGGAAAUAUGACUGUUGGUAAAUUGAUGGAAGCUUAUGAGACUUGCAUUGCUAAACUGCGAAAAUCUCAAUCUAACCGUCGUAAAAUAUCCCUAAAGAAAGUUGAGGAAGCAAACUUUUCAAAGGAGGCCCGAAAGCUGGUACCUGAGGCAAUUUUGAAGCAAAUUAUCUCCUUGAACAGCCUUGACAUGGAACUCUAUGAGCAUGCUAAGAAAAUUUUUACCCAGGAACAUCUUAUGCUAAAAGCUCAACAUUCCAUGGUGGGGCAGCACAGACAAUUGGCAGAACAAGAGGGCUGGAUAAGCAUAGUCUGCAAGGACGGGAUUUGCUCUCCUUGGAUGGUGGUCCUGUUUGGUCUAGGGAUCACGACAAUCAUAGUUUUUGUCUCAUUUGCUGUAACAACGAGACGAAGAACGUCGAAACUCAAGGUUUAACUAUGAUUCAUGAGGCAGUCUCUAGAUUUUGAUGUACAGUCUGAUGAUGCCCCAGACAUUACCAUUUACAUUCUUUUGGGCAAAGGUGUUCACAUGCACAAAA